AUGUCAUACGAUAAUAGUAACCAGUACUAUGACCCCAACCAACAACAAGGGGGUCAUGGUGGAGAAGGAUACUAUCAACAACAGCCAUAUGACGAUGGAUCUCAUGUAGCCCAGCCUACUCAGGAAUACUACGAUCCAAACGUCCAAUACCAACAACAACCUUAUGAUAUGGACGGUUAUCAAGAUGGUCAAUAUGGUUCUCAGGGCCACCAAUACGGUGCUCAACACCCUCAACAACCAAACUAUAACGCUGACCCUGAAGCUUUCAGCGAUUUCUCUUACGGUGUUAACGGUGGAGGACAAACUCCAGGAACCCCAGGUUACGAUCAAUAUGGUACUCAAUACACCCCAUCACAAAUGAGUUAUGGUGGUCCAAGACUGUCGCUGGGUACUUCCACUCCAAUUUAUGGUGGAAAUGUCAACUAUGAUCCAACCCAAUUCCAAAUGAGUUCUAAUUUACCUUACCCUGCCUGGUCUGCCGACCCUCAAGCUCCAGUCAAGAUAGAACACAUUGAAGAUAUUUUCAUUGAUUUGACAAACAAGUUUGGUUUCCAAAGAGAUUCUAUGAGAAACAUGUUUGAUUACUUCAUGACCUUGUUGGAUUCCAGAUCUUCGAGAAUGUCACCUGCACAAGCUUUGCUCUCCUUACACGCUGACUAUAUUGGAGGAGAAAAUGCUAAUUACAGAAAGUGGUUUUUUGCUUCUCAACAAGAUUUAGACGAUUCUAUUGGUUUCUCAAACAUGAACUUGGGUAAAAUUGGUAGAAAGGCCAGAAAGGCUUCUAAGAAAUCUAAAAAGGCCAGACAGGCUGUCGAAGAACACGGCCAAGAUUUAGACGCUUUGAAUUCUGAAUUGGACGGUGACUACUCGUUAGAAGCUGCUGAAAUUAGAUGGAAAGCUAAGAUGAACCUGUUGACUCCAGAAGAAAGAGUCAGAGACAUCUCAUUGUACUUGCUUUUAUGGGGUGAAUCUAACCAAGUCAGAUUUACUCCUGAAUUAUUGUGUUACAUCUAUAAGACUGCCUUCGAUUACUUGAUCUCUCCAGCUUGUCAACAAAGAACUGAACCAGUUGCUGAAGGUGACUUCCUUAACAGAGUUAUCACCCCAUUAUAUAGAUACUUGAGAUCUCAAGUUUAUGAAAUCUAUGAUGGUAGAUUUGUUAAGCGUGAAAAGGAUCACAACAAGGUUAUUGGAUACGAUGAUGUUAAUCAAUUGUUCUGGUACCCUGAAGGUAUCUCAAGAAUUAUUUUUGAAGAUGGAACUAGAUUAGUUGAAUUACCACAAGAAGAAAGAUACUUGAAAUUGGGUGAAGUAGAAUGGAAACACGUGUUUUUCAAGACUUAUAAGGAAACCAGAACUUGGUUACAUUUCAUUACCAAUUUCAACAGAAUUUGGGUUAUCCAUGCAACUGCUUACUGGAUGUAUACUGCUUACAGUGCUCCUACUUUAUAUACUAGACAUUAUUUCCAAACCUUGAAUAAUCAACCAACUGCCUCAUCUAGAUGGGCUUCUGCUGCCUUGGGUGGUGUUUUGGCUUGUGUCAUUCAACUUGUUGCUACUAUUUGUGAAUGGUUAUUCGUUCCAAGAGAAUGGGCCGGUGCACAACAUUUAACUAGAAGAUUUUUGUUUUUGUUGUUGAUUUUCGUUGCUAACUUAGCUCCAGUCGUUUUUACUUUCUAUUGGGCUGGUUUACAAAAAGUCAGUAGAGCUGCACAUAUUGUUUCUAUUGUUGGAUUUUUCAUAGCCAUCGCAUCUUUGGUUUUCUUUGCUGUCAUGCCUCUUGGUGGUCUAUUCACCAGUUAUAUGAACAAGAGAUCAAGAAGAUAUUUGAGUUCCCAAACCUUUACCGCUUCUUUCGCUAAAUUAAGAGGUUUAGAUAUGUGGAUGUCUUAUUUGUUAUGGGUCUUAGUUUUCUUUGCAAAGCUCAUUGAAUCUUACUACUUUUUGACUUUGUCUUUAAGAGAUCCAAUCCGUAUCUUGUCCACUACUACCAUGAGAUGUACCGGUGAAGUUUGGUUCGGUGUCACCUUGUGUAAACAACAAGCUAAAAUUGUUCUCGGUUUAAUGAUUGCUGUUGAUUUCCUUUUGUUCUUCUUGGAUACUUAUAUGUGGUAUAUUGUCUGUAACUGUGUUUUCUCCGUCGGUAGAUCUUUCUACUUGGGUAUUUCCAUUUUGACUCCAUGGAGAAACAUUUUCACCAGAUUACCUAAGAGAAUUUACUCUAAAAUCUUAGCUACCACUGAAAUGGAAAUUAAGUACAAGCCAAAGGUUUUAAUUUCACAAAUUUGGAAUGCUAUUGUUAUUUCUAUGUACAGAGAACAUUUAUUAGCAAUUGACCACGUUCAAAAGUUAUUAUAUCAUCAAGUUCCUUCUGAAAUUGAAGGUAAGAGAACUUUAAGACCACCAACUUUCUUUGUUAGUCAAGAUGAUAACAACUUUGACACAGAAUUCUUUCCAAGAGACUCUGAAGCUGAAAGAAGAAUUUCUUUCUUCGCUCAAUCUUUGGCUACUCCUAUUUUGGAACCAUUACCAGUUGACAACAUGCCUACCUUUACCGUUUUCACUCCUCAUUAUACUGAAAAGAUUUUAUUCUCUUUAAGAGAAAUUAUCAGGGAAGAAGAUCAAUUCUCAAGAGUCACAUUAUUGGAAUACUUGAAGCAAUUACAUCCUAUCGAAUGGGAAUGUUUUGUUAAGGACACCAAGAUUCUUGCUGAAGAAACUGCUGCAUAUGAAAAUGGAGAUGAUCCAGAAAAGCUUGAUGAAGAAGGUGAUGGUCUUAAGGGUAAAAUCGAUGAUUUGCCAUUCUAUUGUAUUGGUUUCAAGAGUGCUGCACCAGAGUACACCUUAAGAACAAGAAUUUGGGCAUCAUUAAGAUCCCAAACUUUGUACCGUACUGUAUCUGGUUUCAUGAACUACGCAAGAGCCAUUAAAUUGUUAUACCGUGUUGAAAACCCAGAACUUGUCCAAUACUUUGGAGGUGAUCCAGAAGGUUUGGAAUUAGCUUUGGAAAGAAUGGCCAGAAGAAAGUUCAGAUUUAUUGUUUCUAUGCAAAGAUUGGCUAAAUUUAAGGAUGAAGAAAUGGAAAACGCUGAAUUCUUGUUAAGAGCUUACCCUGAUUUACAAAUUGCCUACUUAGAUGAAGAACCUGCAUUAAACGAAGACGAAGAGCCAAGAGUUUACUCCGCUUUGAUUGAUGGUCAUUGUGAGAUGCUCGAAAAUGGUAGAAGACGUCCUAAGUUUAGAGUUCAAUUGUCUGGUAACCCAAUUUUGGGUGAUGGUAAAUCUGAUAAUCAAAAUCAAGCACUUAUUUUCACCAGAGGUGAAUACUUGCAAUUAAUUGAUGCCAAUCAAGAUAACUAUUUGGAAGAAUGUCUUAAGAUUAGAUCUGUUUUAGCUGAAUUCGAAGAAUUAAACGUUGAACAUGUUAACCCAUACGCUCCUACAUUGAAGAAGGACGAUGCUACUUCUUCAUUCCCAGUUGCUAUUUUAGGUGCCAGAGAAUACAUUUUCUCCGAGAAUUCUGGUGUUUUGGGUGAUGUCGCUGCUGGUAAGGAACAAACUUUCGGUACCUUGUUUGCUAGAACUUUAGCCCAAAUCGGUGGUAAAUUGCAUUAUGGUCACCCGGAUUUCUUGAAUUCCAUUUUCAUGACAACCAGAGGUGGUGUUUCUAAGGCUCAAAAGGGUUUACAUUUGAACGAAGAUAUUUAUGCUGGUAUGAAUGCCGUCUUGAGAGGUGGUAGAAUUAAGCACUGUGAAUAUUAUCAAUGUGGUAAAGGUAGAGAUAUGGGUUUCGGUUCUAUUUUGAAUUUCACAACUAAGAUUGGUGCAGGUAUGGGUGAACAAAUGCUUUCAAGAGAAUACUACUAUUUAAGUACACAAUUGCCAUUGGACAGAUUCUUGUCCUUCUAUUAUGCUCAUCCAGGUUUCCACGUUAACAAUGUCUUCAUUCAAUUAUCUUUGCAAAUGUUUAUGUUGGUACUUGCUAACUUGAACUCAUUGGCUCAUGAAUCUAUCUUGUGUUCUUAUAACAAAAAUGUCCCAGUCACAGAUUUCUUGUAUCCAUUCGGUUGUUACAAUUUCUCUCCAGCUAUUGAUUGGAUUAGAAGAUAUACUUUGUCCAUUUUCAUCGUUUUCUUCAUUUCUUUUAUCCCAUUGUUUGUUCAGGAAUUAAUUGAAAGAGGUGUAUGGAAGGCUGUUCAAAGAUUCCUGAGACAUAUCUUGUCAUUGUCUCCAAUGUUCGAAGUCUUUGUUGCUCAAAUCUAUUCCUCAUCCUUGAUCACCGAUUUAACUGUUGGUGGUGCUAGAUAUAUUGCUACUGGUAGAGGUUUCGCUACUUCUAGAAUUCCAUUCUCAAUUUUGUACUCAAGAUUCGCUGAUUCGUCCAUUUACAUGGGUGCUAGAAGUAUGUUGAUAUUGUUAUUCGGUUCUGUUGCACACUGGCAAGCUCCAUUGUUAUGGUUCUGGGCCUCCCUUUCAGCCUUAAUCUUUUCACCAUUUAUUUUCAACCCACAUCAAUUCGCUUGGGAAGAUCACUUUAUUGAUUACAGAGAUUUCAUUAGAUGGUUAAGUAGAGGUAACACCAAGUGGCACAGAAACUCUUGGGCUGGUUACGUUCGUUUAUCCAGAUCCAGAGUUACUGGUUUCAAGAGAAAGCUCACUGGUGAUGUUUCAGAAAAAGCAGCCGGUGACGCUUCGAGAGCUCACAGAUCGAACGUUUUAUUCGCUGAUUUCAUCCCUUGUCUUAUCUAUACUGCUGGUUUAUUCUGUGCCUAUACUUUUAUUAAUGCUCAAACAGGUGUUACUGAUGAUCCAUCUGAAGUCAACUCUGUUUUGAGAUUGGUUAUUUGUGCCUUAGCUCCAGUUGUUAUUGACUUGGCUGUCUUAGCUUUCUUCCUCGGUUUAUCUUGUUGUGCUGGUCCAAUGCUUGGUUUAUGUUGUAAGAAAACUGGUGCCGUUGUUGCUGGUAUUGCACACGGUAUUGCUGUCAUUGUUCAUUUAGUUUUCUUCAUUGUUAUGUGGGUAUUGGAAGGAUUCAACUUCGCUAGAAUGUUGCUCGGUCUUAUUACUAUGAUUUACAUUCAAAGAUUAUUAUUCAAAUUCUUAACUUUAUGUUUCUUGACUAGAGAAUUUAAGAAUGAUAAGGCCAACACUGCUUUCUGGACUGGUAAAUGGUACGGAUCUGGUUUAGGUUACAUGGCUUUGACUCAACCAGCUAGAGAAUUCUGUGCUAAGAUUAUUGAAAUGUCCGAAUUCGCUGGUGAUUUCGUUUUAGCACACAUUAUCUUAUUCUGCCAAUUACCAAUCUUGUUUAUUCCAUUGAUUGAUAGAUGGCACUCAACCAUGUUGUUCUGGUUAAAGCCUUCUAGAUUGAUCAGACCACCAAUUUAUUCAUUAAAGCAAGCUAGAUUAAGAAAGAGAAUGGUUAGAAAGUACUGUACUUUAUACUUUGCAGUCUUAAUCUUGUUUGUCAUUAUUAUCGCUGCCCCAGCUGUUGCAUCCAGUCAUAUCAAUGCUUCCAGUAUUGCUGACAAGCUUUCCAAUGCUGCAAGUAUUGCCAAGGGAUUAAUGCAACCAAGAAAUGAAUCCAAUAACGAUACUGGUAGUAGCAGACCAGCCUCAUACACCUGGGUUUAUGCUUCUUACACUCCACAUACUCCACAUUACUCAACUAUUGCUAAGAAGUAA